CCUUGCGAGCCCUUGCCCAGGAUUCCUCGCGCUUGGCUGUGUCUGUUGCCCGGCAACUCACAGGCCUGGGUCCCGGGCGCGGGACGCUGUGCUCCGCCAUGGGGCUGUGGAGUCUUCCGUCGCUCCUGCUGGUGUUCCUAAACUGCUGCGCCUCGGCGAGCACUCCGGCCGUGGCCACCCCGGCCGUGGCCACCCCGGCAGUGGAUCUCAACUCCACCGAGGAUACUCCCGCCACUCUCAGGCCCUCCCGGUCGCCUAAAACCCCGGAGACUCCCAGGGCCCCGGAGCUCUCUGGCCCCAGGCCCACCCCGGUCACGGACGUUGCUGCUCUGUGUGUCUGUGACCUGCUUCCAGCACAGUGUGAUAUCAACUGCUGUUGUGAUCCUGACUGCAGCCCCGCAGAUUUCAGCGUCUUCUCUCUCUGCUCAGUCCCAGUUGUCACGGGAGACAGGCAGUUUUGUAGUCAGAAGGCAGCCAUCUACUCAAUGAACUUGACAGCAGACCCGCCUCACCGUGUCUUCAGACUCAUCGACCAGACCAACCCAUCUGUCUUCUGCAUCCAAAUUUCGAACUAUAAGCCUGCGCUGUCCUUUGUUAAUCCAGAGGUACCCAACGAAAACAAUUUCGACAGACUGAUGCAAGCAUCGGGUGGCUUUCCGCCAAGUGCCGAGUCUGAGGUCCCUUCCACAGCCACCUCAGAUGCCCCACAGCCUACUAGAUACGAGUACGGAGACCCUCUGCAGACUGCGGGCCCAUCUGCAGGUUCAUUUCUGAGACUGCCUUCGCCUCUCACCUCAUCUCUGUGUGCAGAUCAGAACCCAGCAGCAUUCCUGGUGAGCCAGGCCUUCCAGUGCAGCCGAAGAGUGGACAUAGAGCAGUGUGAAGGAAUGGCAGCCCUCAGCAUGGCUCAUUACAGCAGUCCUGCCAUUCUGAGGGUGCCUCACUCAACGACACAGAACCACAGCUAUCUUCCGUCUCAGGUCUCCAUCAAGAUCCAGUCUGUCAUGUAUCGGUCUCUCAAUCACACGCUGACUCGGUUAGAAGGCCAGGGUGUCCUGCGGCCAUCUCUGGUCAACACGGGGCAAGAUAGACUCUGCAGCAACGUUGUUCUCCAGGUGAAGUACUGCCUGCUGUACACAGCCACAGGCCAGAUCCAGGAGGCUAGCCUCUCCCUCGUGCUGGGGACAUUGAGCAGCGCGGUGAGUCUCCUGCAGCAGAAGUUUGAGAUUCUCUUUAUUCAGCACGGCACCAAGCCCGUUCCUCUCAGCGGCAACCCUGGUUACAGGGUGGGAUUCCCGCUGGCGGCUGGCUUUCGGCCUCAGAAGGGGUCUGGGAUUAUUCAGACAACGAACAGACGUGGCCAACUUACUAUUCUUCGUAGCACAGGCCAGCAGGACUGCCUCACCAGCGAGGCAUUCCGGGACCCUGUGCUGUUUGGAUACAACGUACAGUCUGGCUGUCAACUCAGACUGACUGGCACCGUCCCGUGUGGGCUCCUGGCACAGAAGAUGCAGGAUCUGCUGAGAGGCCAGGCCUUCCCCGACUAUGUGGCUGCAUUUGGGAAUUCCCGGGCCCAGGACGUGCAGGACUGGGUGCCCGUGCGCUUUGUCCUGCACUCCUCCAGCAUGAAGGGUUCUUGCCAGCUCCCCGUGGCUUUGGGUAUAGAAGUGAAAUGGACUAAGUAUGGCUCUCUGCUGAACCCCCAGGCCAGGAUUGUGAAUGUUACUGCCCAGCUCAUCUCAAUUCCAGAGCCCCUCCCAGGGCCCGAGAGGACGAUUGUCAUUUCCACUACAGUGACAUUUGUGGAUGUGUCGGCGCCUGCGGAGGCAGGCUUCCGAGCCCCACCCACCAUCAACGCCAGGCUGCCCUUCAGCUUCUUCUUCCCAUUUGUGUGACGAGAGUGGCCCCUGAGGAGUGAGUACCCACCCUGAAGGUCUUCCCUCAGCAGCACUAACCUAUUGUUACUCCCCUUGGUACUCCCCUUCAGCCAGCCCCUGCCCCCUCCACCACCUUUUUCCUCCACCGCCUUUAUUCUGUUGGGCUAGGGUAUUGGGUCAGAUGGUUCCAGCAACUUGCACAACAGGUCCCAGGCCAUGUGACCUCUCGGGAGGUGGGAAGGGACAGAGCCUAACAGAGAUUGCAUGGAGAGCCUCCUAGUGCGUCAUCCCUGAUGUAACAGGAGUUGUCUUCACAAUGCCCAUCAACAUUUGAGAGUACAAACCAGCAAGACGCUGUGUAAAGCCGUGCACCCGCAAGGGGAUUGUACCCCAAGAUCAUGCUAAUUACAAGGCAGUCUGGGUCCCCUGCAGUGAGCUGGCUCUCUAACUGGUGGGCUGCCACCAAGAAGAGAAUGUGGUAGGCGGGCCCCGGGAAAGGAGAGCGCUUAUUUUAUACAUUAAUUGUAUAGUGAUUGAGAGAGGCUGGUGGGGGCAGAGCCUGUUUGAAGCUAACGGUACAGCUGGAUGCUGCAGAGGCGGCACUGGGCACCAGGAUGGCUCCCCUAGGGGAUGCAGCAGGGGAAGCUGUGGACCAUCAGGUAAAGAAAGGUUCUCUGGAAGGGGCUGGUGCAGGGUGCCCGCUCCUGCCCCCUCGGGGUGUGCUGGUCCUCUACACAUAGAGGGAAGCACUGCCAUGAAGUGGGAUUUACAAGCCCAGCUCCCGUGUUCAUUUUUGAAUGACAGUAGAGUCCAGCUUGAGAAAAGGUAGUUAUGAUUCCUUUGCUGCAGGUGGAGGACAUGGACAGGUGCUCUGGGUCACAGCAGGGAGGCGGCAGCGCCAAUGAAGAUGUGUCCCCAGUGUCCCGGGAGCACAAGCCAAGGCAAAGAUGGGGACUGGACUUGGCAGCACACAGUUGCUCUCUGGCCACAGCCCAGCUUCUCUAGGGUGGAGCUUCUGGAAGGCUAGUUCACGUCCCCAAGAAGUCCGUUCUGUUUCAACAGCUUGUUGAGUCGCUCAAUUUCUCGUUCCUGUUGUAAAAGCAAACACGUGCUGGGUGGUGGACUUCUGAGUCACAUUCCUCAGGUCUGGGGCUACAGACAGCUCAGAGCCACAGUCUGGGACAUUCUGGCCUCUGAGGGGAGCAGCUCUCAGGAAGGGCCCUGGGCACUGAUGGCAGGAAAGAUGCCCAAAGGAGGGACUGGACCUGGUUCAGCACCCAGUGAGUAAAGAAAAAAAUGCCAGGAAGAGGGAACAACAGGCUACAGGAGUGUGGUCAGCAGUGGGCUGGAGGGGACAGAAGGGGACCACGCCGGAGUCUCACCUUCUCAGAACAGCUGAAUUCCAGGUGCUGGAUCUUGGUGGCCAGUUGAAGGUUUAUCUGCUUUAACCGCAAGACCUGCCGGUCCGAGCGCGUCUUCACCGAGAUGAUGAUGCCUAGAAGGGAGGGGGGUUUGCAGUGGCACAACAGCUAGUAGUCUGUCUGAAACAUGCUUUAAUAUUACCGUGUGUGUGAGGGAGGAAGACAGAGCAUGCACUCAGGCGCAAGCUCACACCACAGGGCGCAUGUGGAUGGUCAAAGCGCAGCUUAUGGGAGUCACUGUGUGGGCUUGAAGUCAGGCAUCAAACUUAGGGCAAGUGUCAGUGCCAAGACAUGGAUUCUAAUUCACAGAUACACUUGGGAGCAAGACAGCUGUCACGGCAGCCUCCUCAGGAGGGGCAAGGCUGUCGUUUCUGCUAGGGAGUACCCAGCAUUUCCCUGUGGCCCAUGAGGGAACAGGGUCUCUGCAGGCUAGCUGUGUUCCCAUUCACCAAGGACAAGUGUCCCCAGCAGUAGCUGACAGUUGCUUGUCUUCCCUGGUCAGAGUCCAGAAUGUGGGAAAUGAAGUCAGAAGUUAAAGCAGGGACUCGUGCUGCAGCAGGCCCUGACUGCUGGGCACCCAGCCUGGCGACUUGGGGUGCCUUGCCCAGCUCCAGUGGCCCAUGGCUCCCGUCCCCAUGGCCAGUCUGGAGCACCGGUGCUGCCCCUCAGAUAGAGACCCAGAUAGGCCCAGGAGUUGCCUGCCCCACUUGAGCGGGAGGCUUCCGGCCGCUUAGCCACAAUGCCCCCUCAGGGAGCCUGCGCACUGUGACUGCAUUGUGGUAUAUUGGACCAGCUACAUCUGUCUUUUUAAUAAAGUCCUUUGGACCCCAUGUA